AUGCGGACGCGGGCCAAUAAGAAUGGCGGUGUGGGGAUGGAUACACUGCAGUCGGCGGCCGUCAGCGGCACCAGUGGUGUGUCCAUGGCCCCUACUGCACAGCUGGUGGACAAAAGAAAAUCACACAAGUUGGAGAUGUGUAAGCAGAAGAUAGAGUUGCAAAAGGAGAAGAUUGAUGAACUUAUCAAAGAGAGAGACUACCUAAAAGAACAGUUGGCAUCAGCUCUUAAAAAAAGGGAACAGGAUACCCAGGCAAUCUGCUUGCCUUCAUCUUCCUCUUGUGACAGCUCAGAGGAAGAUUCCUCUGAUACUGUGUCUGCCUCCUCCUCUACUGCAUCCUCAUCAGAGGACAAGAAAAAGAAAAGGAGGAAGAAGAAGGGGAAAGAGACAAAGUCCAGAAAGUCAAAGAAAAUGGAACCAAAGACACGUAAAAGAGUCUCAAAACCGGAUCAGGCUGUAUCCCGGUACAAUUGCAGAGCUGUUCAUUGCUGCACCCAGCAAAUAUAA